AUGCCUCCCACCAUGCUCGCGCCGGUGCCGACGAGGCCGCGCUCCAACCUCCACCGCCGCCGGAGAGGGGCGGCUGCCCUGCUCCCGGGCCAGAUCGUGACGGCGGCGGCGGCGGCGGGGGCGAAGCGGCCCGCGGAGUCCUCCACAUCGGCUUCCUCCUCCUUCCGCAGUGUGGUCGUCUCCACCACCUCCUCCGCCGCCCUCGACGCGCAGCGCCCCGACAAGAGGCCCCGGCGCCAGGACGCGGACGCGGCCGAGGCGCGCCCCGCGGCCUCCGAGUGCUCCGAGAUCAUCGGCGGCGGCGCGAGGCCGCGCCCCGCGCCCGCGGAGGUCGAGGCCUCCGAGUCGUCCUGCCUCGGCUCCGUCCUCGAGUCCGACCUCGCCUGCCCCGAGCACCUCGCCGACGACGCUGACACCACGGACUACUCCUCGGCCUGCUGCGAGCUCACGCAGUCCGACGCGGAGGAGGAGGUCCUCAGCGCCCCCAGCCCCGGCGACGCGUUCGACUCCCUCACCCCCCUCAUCGACCUCACCUCCCCUUACUCCUCCGACGACGACGACGCCGACGAGGAUGACGACGACGACGCCGCGCCCUCCCUCACCUUCUCCUACUUCCUCGACUACGCCCAGCAAUUCGUCCCCUGCCCGCACCCCAAGUCACACGCCGUCCCCGACGCCGCCAUGCCAGAGGUGAGCGGUUCCCGGUUCGAGGACCUGGACGACGAGGAGAGCUACGAGCAGUUCCGGCUGCGCGAACGGCGCGGAGUGAUGGCGUGCGACUACGGCGAGGUGUACGGCUCCAUGGCAGGCGACCAUGGCCGCGACGUCCUGAUGCAGCGCGCUGUCAUGGUGAACUGGAUCAUGGAGUAUGUGGAUUUGAGAGAGCUGCAGCCAGAGACAUGUUUCAUGGGAGUUGGACUGAUGGACCGCUUCUUGACACGUGGAUACGUAGAGGGCACUAGGAAUCUGCAGUUGCUGGGUAUCGCCUGCGUCACUCUGGCUACCCGCAUCGAAGAGAACCAACCAUACAAUAGCAUCAUGCAGAACACUUUCACGGUAGGGAUCAACAUGUACAGCCGAAGUGAGGUCGUCGCCAUGGAGUGGCUGGUUCAGGAGGUCCUCGACUUCCAAUGCUAUGUCACGACAGUCCACCAUUUCCUCUGGUUCUAUCUGAAGGCUGCAAAAGCAGACGACAAAGUGAAGGAUUUGGCAAAACACCUGGCUUUCCUCUCCCUUCUGGACCAUAGGCACCUCUCCUACUGGCCCUCCACCGUGGCCGCAUCGGUGGUAGCCCUUGCUUGCCUUGCCACAAACAAGGACUCCUCCUGUAGGGAGGUAAUGGAGGUAUGUACGCAGACUCACAUGAGGAACAAGGACGACGAUCUGCCUGAAUGUUUAAUGAGUCUCGAGUGGAUGGUAAACUAUGCUUCGUGAUACACAGGGCUCCCAGGUUGAACAUUCGGUUCUAAUCUUCUGCUGAUCAACACAGUGUAGCGCAGUCGUUUAGCAACAACACAAGUGUACAUGCCACUAGUUUACACAGCAGGAUAAAGUAAAAGGGGGACACGGUCUCGUGUUUAUCGCCGUAAAGAGGAAGAUCGUCAAUGCAGAAUUUGAUACUGGGCUUGUGACUGUGGGACAACUGUUGUUGUCGUCUGUCUUUGCAUAGUCAGUUAGCACUUUA